AUGAGUCAAAAUACUAAUAAAAACUAAACUCAAUAAGUAGAAAUGAGGAUGAGCCAAAAUCUGAAUAAAAGUUUAUCUAAUGUUGAUAAAUAAGUAGGAGGUAGAAGAAUAUUUCACUUUGGCUCAUAGUCUAUGAAUAAAGAUAUGCGCUUUAGUUCAAAUUUUAUAAAGACUUCUAAGUAUACUGUAUGGAAUUUUUUGCCUCUGUGCUUGUUGUAGCAAUUCAAAAGAUAUGCAAAUAUUUAUUUUCUUGUAAUUGCAAUUCUGUAAAGUAUCCCAGCAAUAUCUCCAUUAAAUCCAUUUUCUGCAUGGGCUCCUUUAGUUAUAGUUAUAGGUAUUUCUAUGGCCAGAGAAGGGUAUGAAGACUAUUAAAGAUAUAAAUCCGAUCUAGAAAUGAACUCUAGUACAACUACAGUUUACAGAGACUCAAAGUUCAUUACGUGUAAAUGGGGAGAUGUUUUAGUUGGAGAUUUAGUAAAAAUAGUAGAAAAUGAAACAUUUCCAUCAGAUAUAAUAGUAUUAAAUACAUCAAACGAAGGGGGAGUGUGCUUUAUUGAGACAAGCUCUCUUGAUGGUGAGAAAAACUAUAAAAAUAAAGAAGCUAUGGCUUAGACUCUAAAAUGGGUAUAACCCGACAAAUCUGUGAUAAGACUUGUGGGAUAGGUAAAUUGUAUAUUACCUAAUGAGCUUCUUCAUUAAUUUGAAGGUACUAUUCAAUACCAUGGUGAGUAAUAUAUUGUAGGAGCUAAGUAAUUUUUAUUGCGUGGUGCUAAAUUAAAAAAUACAAAAUGGAUAGCUGGUAUAGUUGUAUAUACAGGAGAAGACACAAAGAUUAUGAAAAAUGCUGAUAAGUCUAAAUACAAAGUUUCAAAUAUUGAAUCACAAACAAAUAAAUUGAUCAUAGCAAUAUUCAUAUUCUAACUAAUCAUUAGUAUUUGCUCAGCUAUUGGAAAUUCUAUUUGGAAUCAUUAAAAAGGUCCAGAAUAUCCAUAUAUACCGAAACCAUCAAGUACCGAUUUUGAAGGUUUUCUCACUUUCUUGACCUAUAUAGUCUUGAAUAACACUAUGAUACCAAUUUCUUUGAUUGUCUCUCUUGAAGUAGUUAAAUUAGUCCAAGGAUUUAUAAUAGCUGCUGACGAAGAGUUAAUACAAAAGGAAGAUGGAAGAACAAAGCUCCCAAAAGUUUAUACAACAUCUAUUAAUGAAGAGCUUGGAUAAGUAUAAUACAUCUUCAGUGAUAAGACAGGAACUUUAACUUGCAAUAAAAUGGAACUCAAAUUAUGCUGCAUAGGAAACCAGCUUUAUGGAGACUAGAAGGUACUAAAAGAGCUAUCUUCACCUUAAAAAAGAAAGAGAUCUUUGAGAAAACCCACUCUUGUUGAUGAAAAUUCUGAAAUUGUUUUUUACAAGAGGGAUGAAAAUUUAGUUAAGGUUUUAAAUGGAAUAGGAAACUUUUAAAUUGAUCAUUUUUAAAUGUUUGACUCAAAGACUUAAUCAAAAUCCUUAUUCACAUUGGUAACUUAGAAAGAUAUUGCUCAUGAGUAUCUCUUACUGCUAGCAACUUGUCAUGAAUGCGUUAUAGAAUAAAAAGAUCAGUCUGAAAUGGAAGAUGCAGAAAAAUAAACUGAUAAUAAAUCAGUUACUAAAAAACCCAUCCCAUUUAGCAAUAGUAGCUAAAACGCUAAUACUUCAAUACCAAAAUAGGCAAAUAAUAAUGCUAUUAAAAUAGAAAUGGGCCAAAUGAACUUGGAUCCAAGCCCUGUUCCAUCAAGCUAAAACACAACAACUCCUAUUAAGCACUCUGAAAUAAAAUAUUAAGGUCCAUCACCAGAUGAAGUAACAUUGGUCGAUACAGCUCGCCAUUAUGGAUAUGUCUUUUUAGGAUCAAACUCAGCUUCAAUAAAUCUUGAAGUUCAAGGAGAAAAAGUGUAACUAGAAUUAUUGAAAUUAUUUGAGUUUAAUAGUGAUAGAAAGAGAAUGUCUGUAAUUGUCCGUCAUAAUGGAGUGAUUAAAAUGUAUAUUAAAGGAGCUGAUAAUAAAAUAAAGGAAAGAUUAAAUUCUCAAAUCGAAUAGCCUUUUCUUCAUGAAAUAUAGUAAAGAAUUGAUGAAUUUUCUAAAAAAGGUCUUAGAACUCUUUUAGUUGCUAUGAGAAUAUUGGAAGAAAACGAGUAUAAAGAGUUGGAAGCAAAAUAUCAAGCUGCUGGUAAUGCUGCAAAUCGUGAAGAAUAAUUCUUUAAAAUAGCUGAAGAUUAUGAGAAAGAUUUGUAUUUAAUUGGAGCAACAGCUGUUGAAGAUAAAUUAUAAGAUAGAGUUCCUGAAACAAUAAGAGACAUGCUAUAAGCAAAAAUAAAUGUUUGGAUGCUUACUGGUGAUAAAAUGGAAACAGCUGAAAAUAUUGCUAAGAGUUGCAAGCUAAUUUAAUCUCAUUUUAGAAUCUUGAGAUAUCAUAUUAAUAAGCCUCCUAUUAAGGAAGGUUAAGUAUAUAAGACUCCACCCAAUCUAGUAAAGGAUGAAUUAACUAGAUUAUUCUAUGAAAAAGAGGAGCUUAUGAGAUAAAAAAAGGAAAAGGCUUUGUUGAUUGAAGGAGAAGAUCUAGGUGAUGUUUUGUUAGAUGAUGAAUUUAUGGAUAUGCUUAUUGCUACUGUAAAAGAUUGCGAAUCAGUUGUGUGCUGUAGAGCAACUCCUAAGUAAAAAGCUUAAGUUGUUAAAUUAGUCAAAGACAAAUUACAAAAAAUUACUUUGGCAAUCGGUGAUGGAGCUAAUGAUGUUAAUAUGAUUCAAGAAGCUCACAUUGGUAUUGGUCUCUUUGGCCAGGAAGGUAUGAGAGCAGUUUAAGCAUCAGAUUACGCAUUACCUGAAUUCAAGGGCUUGUGGAGAUUGUUACUUGUGCACGGAAGAUGGAACUAUAUUAGAAUUUCUGAAAUGAUCUUGUACUUUUUCUAUAAAAACUUUAUCUUCACAAUUCCUUAAUUCUUCUUUAGUUUUUCAAAUGGAUUUAGUGGUCAGAGUAUUUUUGAUGACUAUUAUAUAACUCUUUAUAAUAUCAUUUUUACUGCUUUUCCAUUGAUAGUUAGAGCAGUAACUGAGUAGGAUUUGUACUAUAAAAUUCGUGAAAAAGAUCAAGAAAACUAGGAAAGACUAAUCAAUCAUAAUAAACUGAUGAAAUUAUUCCCAAAAGCUUACUACGUUGGCUAGCAAAACCUUAUCUUUAAUACAAAAAACUUUUUAAUAUGGAUAGCUCAAGCAUUAGUUCACGCAUCUAUAAUUUAUGCUGUAGUUUAAUGCUCAAUUUAGAAAGAUGCUAUGUCAUCUGAUGGCUAUUCACCAGAUCUCUGGGUUGUAUCAAUUACAUUAUAUUCUGCUAUUAUAUUAGUUGUUGAUGUAAAACUUGCAGUAAAUACUAGAUACUGGACAAUGAUUAUGCUCCUCUCUAUAAUAUUUACUUCAUUGGUUCCUUAUUUCCUGUACAUUUUUGUUGCCAAUUUGAUAGAGUAGUUCAAUGUUUAUCUCACAGCUCAAGCUAUAUUUACAAUGCCUGAUUUUUAUUUAAUUAUAUUCUUCUCGCUCUUCUUGAUUGUUACUUUCGAUCUUUUCAUUAUAUAUCUUAAUUAAGUAGAUUACAGAGGCUUUAUUGAGCACCUAAGAUCUUUAAUUAAAGAAAAGUAAAACCUAGACAAUAGCGAAUAUAUUGAGAGACUAGAAAAUGUAGAUAUGAACAACAACUUUGGAAGAAAUAUUCCUUCAAAUGUACCUGUUGAGAGAAAAUAUGAGCAAUAUGCAGCUUGA